UUCUUGGACGCAAACGAUGACAUGAGUGAGAAAAUUGGGCUUGCUGAUAACAUGUCCACUCUACCAAUUUACCGGUAGUAUCAAAACACGAUUAGAAAUCAAGCAAAGAAUACAGCUGCACGUGCACUAAUACUAAUACCACGUGACCAAGGGGAUUGAGUUGUCAGUGGAACGUUUGUAGACGGGAUGUUUUGCCUGCGAAGAGUGAGGUGAAGUAGUUUAUCACAUUAGCCAAAUACAGUAGUAAUGUGGCGCAUGUAAUUGCAAUUAUGGCUAAAUUUAGCUUUGAAGGAAAACAGUUUACGCCUGGCACGAUGCUAACAUACUAAGUUAGCUUUGCUAGAACGACGUUCCCUGGCUAGCUAUCGCUAGCCAACUUGUCAUAUUCUGUUUCUCACAUUUAGGUUUUGUUCGUCUGUAAUAAAUAACAUCGUCAAACGUAUAGCCUGCAGACACUGGUUUGCAUAAACUCUUAAAUCAAGUGUAAAUAGGCUAAAGGUAGACCUACAACGCAUUUCAAGUGGCCAAGACCCACAUUUUCUCCUGAUGCGACAACAUAUUUUGGAAAUUGCCAUUAUGUUGCAACUUGAUCGCUCAAGAAAUCAUUAGCCAGUCAGUCUUUGCUGUUGGCCUCAGUAAGUUGGACUUUACUCUGCCAGGCCUAACAUCAUCUUGCACAGGUGAAGAAUGCAGGCUAUAUCCGAGUUAUUUUAGGGCUAAUAAACUUUAUUAAGUCUUCACCCUGCAUAGCGUCAAAUGUGUAGAGCUAUCUAGGUAUAAUUAAUAUGAGUCCGUUACGCCUUGUUUUAUGGUUGAGUGUGUUUGCCUUACCAUCGGCACCGACGGAGUCCCCCUCCUAUGUCGCUGCUGUGUACGAACACCUGGUUGUACUAAACCCGAACCCUAGAGUUGCUCUUGGAAGGCGUGCAGCCUUGGAACACAUGCAGAAGAAUCUCGACGUAUUUGAGCAGCAAGCUGCAUUGGCAGCUCAGCAGGGGGCUCAGAUCUUGGUGUUCCCAGAAGAUGCUAUACAGGGCUUUAACUUCACUAGAGCAUCCAUAGCGGGUUACUUGGAGGCGGUGCCUGAUACAACUGAAGUGACAUGGAAUCCAUGCUCAGAACGGGCUCGCUUCCCUGAUACUGAGGUGCUCCAGCGCCUCAGCUGCAUGGCUCAGAAGAACAGCCUCUACCUGGUGGCCAACAUGGCAGGCAUCCAGGUGUGCAACUCAACCACGGACGCCCACUGUCCCCCAGACGGGCGCUACCAGUUCAACACGGACGUGGUGUUCACCUCAGAUGGAACCCUAGUGGCUCGCUAUCGCAAGCAGAACCUGUACUUCGAGGCCGCCUUCGACAAACCGCCUCGGAUGGAGCUCGUCACUUUCUCCACGCCCUUCGCCGGACGUUUCGGGGUGUUCACCUGCUUCGACAUCCUGUUCCGCGAGCCUGCCGUGGCCCUGGUGGAGGAGCUGGGGGUCCGGCAGCUGGCGUACCCCACCGCCUGGAUGAACCAGCUCCCCCUGCUGGCCGCUGUGCAGUUCCAGCGCUCGUUCGCCCACGCCGCCGCCGUCACAGUCCUCGCCGCCAACGUCCGGGCCGCCAACCUGGGCAUGACUGGCAGCGGCAUCUUCACCCCCUGGCAGGAGGUUCACCAGCACGACAUGGUGGGGGAGACUGGACGCUUGCUGGUGAGUAGGGUGCCGGUGCUCGAUCCUGCAAUGAUGGCAGAUGGCACCGAGAGCACGAGGCUGGCAUGGCUGCCGUUCUCCGGGCAUCGCAGGCGAGAGCCUGGACUUGGCGAGGCAGGAGAUGCCCACGGCUGGCCCAGAGGGGCUUGGUAUUUGGACGCCGGUGGAAAGCCUCGCAGCGCGGAAACAGAGCAUUGCUGGCCAGGCCAUGAGAACUGCCAUGAGGCGCCAGCGCACGAGAAGCCUGUGGAGUUCCACUCAGUCAUGAUGUAUGACAACUUCACUUUAGUGCCCCUACAGGACACUGAGGGGAACCUGACGGUGUGCGACGGCUCGCUGUGCUGCCACCUGCUGUUCAGGAGGUCCACUGCACCCAGCGCAGAGCUCUAUGCUCUGGGGGCUUUUCAGGGCCUGCAUGUGGUUCACGGCACCUACUAUCUGGAGGUGUGUGCCCUGGUGAAGUGCACCGGCCCAGACUUUGCAAGCUGUGGCGGCGAGACUGAGCACGCUCAAACCCAGAUAAACUUCCGACUGGAAGGGAACUUCAGCACUCGUCACGUGUUUCCAGGAAUACUGGGAAACGGGAUGGUACUGGACAUCCCGGAUGAGUCCGGAAAAGAUAGUGACGGGUGGGUGUAUAUGAGCCGGUCCGGAAUGACUGUAGGACUGGUGACAGCCACUUUGUACAGUCGAGUCUAUGAGAAAGACAACAGCUGAGUUGUGGGUCUCAAAAUCACCUUGACAACUGACUUCUAAUAAACAAUAUAUCUCAGUAAACAAAGCAACAGUAUCCAAGGGCAGUUGUAUACUAACGGCACCACAAUCUGAAAAGGCCUUAGAGAUGAACAGGAAAGACGUGCUGUAGAAAAACAAUGACCUCAACAAUUGUUGAUAAGUGAAGUCUAUCAUCUUGUAACUACAUUGUAACAACUGUAACUACAUUAAAAGCUGGCAUGAAAUGAAUAAAAAGUGGUUGUGCACAA